AUGGAAAACGGCGUGAAGGCAAUCGCUACAGCUUCCGUGCUCUUAAUUUUUUCCGCGCUGCUCUUCCGUCUCGUCAGAAAACAUUCGCUUCCUCUACCACCGGGGCCGACAGGUCUACCUCUUGUCAACAAUCUCUUUGAUGUCCCCAAAGAGCUCCCUUGGGUCAAAUACCGCGAAUGGGGUCAAGAAUACGGUUGUUCCGACCUCAUCUACUUGAGGGCACUCAACACCAAUUUCAUUGUAGUUAAUACUGCACGCGCUGCUUCGGAGUUGUUCGUGAAGAAGUCUGCAAUUUACUCGGACCGACCAUUGAUUCACAUGAUGUGUAGUGCAGGCUGGGCCAAUUGGAACGUAGCAUUGAUGCCUUGCAAUCCACGAUGGAAGGCGUGCAGAGCCCAAAUUCACCACACUCUCGGCGCGGAGAAGACCAAACAAUGGCGCCGAAAACAGGAGCAAGCUUCCCACGCCCUUGUGCAGUCACUACUCGACGAUCCGGGUGACUUCUGGGACAGAAGCCGCACCGCGAUUGGAGCGAAUAUUCUCGAUGUGACAUACAGCAUUCGUGUAGAAUCGAAGGGCGACAGGUGGAUUGAACUUGCGGAGCUGAUCAAUAGAUAUGCGAACGAGUCCCUCAAUACGGGCCAGUAUCUAGUGGAUGCGCUUCCCCUGCUCCGUUUUGUUCCGUCAUGGUUCCCCGGAGCAGGUUUUAAGCGUAAGGCGCAUCAUUGGUACGAGGAUGGCCAGAGGCUACUCCACGAGCCGGUUGAAUAUGUGAAGAUGCAAGUGCGCAUCGUGACACGUGGACCAUUGAACUUGCUUGAUGCCGAGAAACAGGGCACUGCAGACGAAUGCAUAACACAGCAGUUAUAUUCAGAUAUGGACGAUGCGCAAGAGAGACAGGACCGAGAAGAGACAGAAAUGACGCUGAAAUGUAGCACCGCUGUCUUGUACGGGGCAGGGGCUGACACGAGCUUGUCAACACUGUGUUCAUUCUACCUUGCCAUGACGCUGUUUCCCGCAAUUCAAGAAAGGGCGUACGAGGAUAUUUGCGCCGUAGUGAAGGAGGAUCGGCUUCCUGACUUCUCCGAUGAAAUACCCUACCUGCGUGCGAUCGUCAAAGAAUGCUUGCGUUGGAACCCUGCUGUCCCGUUAGGCGUCCCUCAUCGCGUCGUCGAGGACGACGUUGCCUUCGGUUAUCGCAUCCCCAAAGGGUCUAUUGUUAGUGCGAACAACUGGGCUAUAUUGCACGACGAGACGAUAUAUCCGGACCCGUUCUCAUUCAACCCAGACCGUUUCAUGGGACCAUCUCCCAACCCAGAUCCUGAUGCGGCAUUCGGCUGGGGCAGACGGAUGUGUCCUGGAAGAUUCUUCGCUUUAGACUCGCUCUACAUUUUCAUGGCAGUUGCAUUGGCUUGUUUUAAAAUUGAGAAGUCUGUCGACAAGGAUGGAAAUAAUCAUGAGCCCUCGGACGAGUACACAACCGGUUUCCUGAGCUAUCCCAAACCUUUCGGAUGUAGGAUUGAACCGCGCUCACCGCAGGUAGCAUCUAUGAUCCGCUCGUUGCCUAGUGCGUAA